ACUUUGACACAUUGUUUGGAAAAUAAUCAUAACAUAACCUUGAUUAUCUAAGUUCGAUGUAGGGAUAACAUUAACCUUCCUUGUUAACCUAAUAAGUACCAUAAUAAUUUCAUUACUAAUAGUUUAAUUAAACUUGUGCUGUACACAAACAUGAGUCGUUCAUUGAAAGCUCUUAUUGGACCUUCCAUUCUUAACUCGGACUUAUCAAAAUUAUUUGAAGAAUCUCAAAAACUACUGGAUAAUGGUGCGGAUUACUUGCAUUUAGAUGUGAUGGAUGGACACUUUGUUCCCAACUUAACCUUUGGUCAUCCAAUUGUUAAAUGUUUGCGGAAUCAUAUAAAAGAUGCUUUUUUUGAAACCCAUAUGAUGGUAUCUAGACCAGAACAGUGGAUAGUGCCAAUGGCUGAAGCAGGUGUGAAUCAGUACACAUUUCAUAUUGAACCCGUUACAAAUGUAGAAGAGAUUUGUCGCAAAAUAAAGGAACAUGGAAUGAAGGCUGGAGUUGCAAUCAAGCCAGGCACACCUGUUGAAGAGGUGGAAGAAUAUAUUUCAGUCGCAGAUAUGGUGCUCAUUAUGACAGUAGAGCCAGGAUUUGGAGGUCAAAAAUUUAUGGAGGACCAGAUGACCAAAGUCCAGUACCUCAGACAGAAUUACCCAAUACUAAAUAUUGAGGUUGACGGUGGUGUUGGACCUACAACAAUAGAUUGUUGCGCUAAUGCUGGAGCAAACAUGAUAGUAUCAGGGACCGCUGUUACUGGGUCAAAAGAUCAAAUGGCAACAAUCAAAUUACUCAGAGAUACUGUACAAACAGCUAUUGAUAAGCUUAAAAAUACUAAAUAGGUCAAUUAAGAAACAAUUUCUAUACAAAAGGUUAACUAUUAUAUACAUUUUAUAUAGGGUUUUAAGAGUAAACUUUGUUUGAACUUGUUUUGUAAGGGUCCAAUGGUCCAUUCCUAUUUUUGUACAAUUUUAAAUAAAAGUACAGUUAUUUUA